UGACAGUCCCAGUGUGAGCAGAGUGCGGCGCUCCCGGCUCCUCCAGCUCGCCCACCAGUAGAGCUCCCAUCCUCCGGUCGGAGCGGGCAUUGUUGGGGGGGGAUCGGAAGGAGCGGACGUCGUUGUGUGAUCGGGAAGGAGUAGAGGACAGGCCGGGCUCAGGGGUGGAGGAGGAGGUCCCGCUGCUCGUAGUACCGGAGCCUGUGUCGGUAGAGGGGAGCCCCAGCUGCGCGCAGAGUGCGGGGUGACAGCUGACAGCUGGAGGGGGAGGAGGGAAGGAGAUCUGCCCCGGACACUGACCGAGGAUCUCCGCCAGACACGGCCGGUCUGCACCGUGCACGAGCAGACAGACACUGGAUUGAUGUGCUGAGGAAGUCGCGUCAAUGACCGCAGCAAGUCCCUGCAAUACGGAGCCUGGCUGUAAUUCAGACUCGCUUCCAAUGGGAUCUUUCCUUCAUGUCUCCAUGGAGCACGAGUAGAUUCCGGACAGCUGGAGGACAGUGAUCUCAUCUCAACCCUGCCAAGCUUACCAGAUCAUUAUCUACAGAUUGUGAAUGUAGGGCCCCGGAGAAAUGGCUUUUUGGCUGCUGCUAGCAACACUGCUGCUGGUCUGCCAUGGUGGCUUCAGCACUGCAAGUCAAGAAACUUCGAGAGGGCCCAGAAUCACGAGCUGCCGAUCGCCACAGCUGGAGACAAUAACAUGUUAUUGGACUUAUGGAGAUUUUCAGAACUUGUCCACCACGAUAAAGUUCCAGUAUAAGACAAGUGACCAUCAAUGGAAUGACUGCCCCGACACUGAGUCUGCAGGUAGAAACAGUUGUUAUUUCAGCAAGGAAAAUACCUCAGUCCUGUGGAAUUAUCACAUCCGCCUUAUUAUUGAAAAUGUUACAGUUGAUGAACGUUCAUUCGUCAUGGAUGAAAUUGAACGAUCUACAACCAACUCACAAAAACAGCCACGCUCUAUGGCAGAGAUCACCAGAGGACCUUUGCAGAAGAACAUGAAAAAGACAUAUCCUCCUGGCUGGCCAAGAAUCACAGAGUGCCGAUCAUCCCAGCUGGAAAUCUUUACUUGCCAUUGGACCUAUGGAGAAUUUCAGAACUUAACGGCUUUGUCUGCUGGUGAAAAUGGAUGCUAUUUCAGUAAGAACGACACAUCGAUUUGGGUUCAUUAUCAUGUUCGCCUUGUCAGUGACAAUGACACCUAUUAUGAACACACCUUCACCAUUGAUGAAAUAGAAAUGGAUGCAUAUUUCAGUGAGAACUACACAUCGAUUUGGGUUCAUUAUCAUGUUCGCCUUGUCAGUGACAAUGUCACCUAUUAUGAACACACCUUCACCAUUGAUGAAAUAGAACAACCUACAUCCAACCCACUGGCCAUUAGCACCAAAGUACCUUUGCAGAAGAUCAUGAAGAGGAUAUAUCCUCCUGGGUGGCCAAUAAUCACAGAGUGUCGAUCCCCUCAGCAGGAAACUUUCACCUGUCACUGGACCUAUGGGGAAUUUCAUAACCUAACUGGCCUGAUAAAGCUACAAUAUAGAAAACCAGGCUUAAAUUGGACUGAUUGCCCCGACACAGUGUCUGCUGGUGAAAAUGGAUGCUAUUUCAACGAGACCUAUACAUCGAUUUGGGUGGGGUAUCAAGUCCGUCUAAUCAGUGACAAUGUCACAUUUUAUGAAUACUCCUUCACUGUCGAUGGUAUUGUGCGUCCGGCCCUCCCCAGAGCUUUGAACUGGACAGCUCUCAACAUCAGCGGAACCCGUUUGCACAUGGACAUUGAACACUGGCUGCCUCCAGCCACAGCUGAUGUUAGAAGUGGAUGGAUCACACUGGAAUAUGAAGCGCACGUAAUAAUGGCCAAUGGCACAAAUGGAAGACGCGGUAAUUACCGCAUUAUUCAAUGCGGUAAAUUAACGCAUUGGCCGGGAUUUGUCAAAGAAAUAGGGACAAUGCUGGUUGCUAAGGAGCAGUACGAUUCUAAGACCACACAUAUAUCAAUCUAUGGCCUAAGGAUGGGGAGUGAGUAUUGGGUGAAGAUCCGCUGUAAGCAGAAAGAAAAUACUGUAUUUUCAGAAUUCAGUGAAGUUCUGAUCAUCCAACUUCCAUCGAAAUUUCCAGAUUCUCCAUGGCCAUUGUUUGUGAUUGUUGGAUUAUUUGCUAUUGUGGUGGCAAUGGCAUUUUUCAUAUUCUGCAAAAAAGACAGGCUGAAGCUGUUGAUUCUUCCUCCAGUGCCAGUUCCAAAGAUUAAAGGAAUUGACCCUGCUCUGCUUCAAAAAGGAAAACUGGAUGAAGUUAGCUCAAUACUAGCCAGCCAUGAAAGUUAUAAGCAACAGCUGUGCAUCGAUGACCCUUGGGUAGAGUUCAUUGAGCUUGACCUUGAUGAGCAGGAUGAGAAAAAUGAAGGAGCGGACACUGACCGACUAUUGGGAGAAGAAUACCCCAAGACACAUAGCUGUCUCGGUGUCAAAGAUGAUGAUUCUGGCCGGGCCAGCUGUUGUGAACCUGAUAUUCCGGAAACUGACUUCAGCAACAGUGAAAUAUGUGAUGGAACAUCAGAUACUGGACAGACUCACAACACAAAAGACAACCAAGCUGAUCUCCUGUGCCUUAGUGACAAACCCAAUAGUGGAGGAAUUCCCACAAAUUCUCAGAUGCCAAAUGUAGAAAAACCAAGCACAAUGCCUGAAGAUGGUAAAUUAACUCAGUUACUUGCUAACGGAACAACAAGUGUGCCUCCUUCAACACAGCUAAGCAGUUUAAAGCCAAGCAUGGAUUUCUAUGCUCUUGUAAGUGAUAUCACACCAGCAGGACGACUUUUGCUCUCACCAGGGCAAAGAAUCAAGAUGGAAAAUGAAGAAUGCAGUGAACCAGCAGACACCCAACGCCCCACAACCCUCAACCAACGUCCCACAACCCUCAACCAACAUCCCACAACCCUCAACCAACAUCCCACAACCCUCAACAUGGACAAUGCUUAUAUCUCUGAGUCGGCUGUGACAGCAUUUCACUCUGUGAAUUUCCCAACAGAGAACGUCCCACAAAACCCAAGCAUGGAUAGUUAUUUCACCCCAGAAAGCCUUACAGCUGCUGCCAUGAGUUCUCGUGCCUCUGAAAAAGCUUCGGGCUACGAGGCCCCUGUGGCAGACUAUACCUCCGUUCACAUAACAAACUCACCACAAAACCUUGUGCUUAACACUACUGCUCCACCAGGGAAAGAAUUUACCCCACCCUGUGGCUACAUGUCCACAGAUCAAGUGAACAAAGUAAUGCCAUGAGACAGAUCCUAGUCCUUUGAAAUCGUAUUUCAAAGCAUGGGCUUGUAUGUUUAAACCAAAAAGAUGCAAUGUCUACAAGCUUUGUAUGUGUUUUUUCUUGUAAAGCUUGAGCUAAUAUAUUAAGUGUAAAAAAAAAAGAAAACAAAUGCCAAAAUGUUUAUCAAAUGAUUUCAUUUAUAUCAUAGAAUGUAGCACAGGGAGACCUGUUUUUGUUCCAGUUCAUUAUACAUCCUGUGAUGUUAAUCUGGAAUGGGCAUCCUUUGGGGUAUGCAGGUUACAUCUUUGACUGAGGUUGAUGCCAGCUGCAACUCUCCAGUGGUAUCAAAUGUUGCCUGUUUUUUUCCGAUUUUAAAUGAGUUGUACAUUUUUGGAAAAUCUGAGCAGUUGAGCAAUCACUCUGGUUUAUGAUUUCAGCCUGAUUCCAUUAAAACAGCCAAUAUUAACUUUAGCUCAAAGAGAUAUGAAAUUGCUAAAAAAACAAAUCCUCUCUUUUUCCACCAUUUGGCCUCACUCUUCUCCCAUACAAGUGAGGGAAUGCUGCUCCAAAUGCGCAAUAGUAGGGCUUUUAAGUGGGACCUUUACUAGAAUUGGUAUACCAAAACCAUGGUCAUCAAUAUGGAGUUGACCCUUCCUUUGCGCCAUUACUGAUCUUGACUCUUCUGGGAAGGUUUUCCUUGAGAUUUUGAAGUAAGUUUAAAAAUGUUAGAGAUGAGAAGACAUGGCUUGCAACAGGAGUUUCAGUUUAUCCCAAAGGUGCUCUGUAAAGUUGAGGUCAGGGCUCUUUUCAGACCAAAUGAGUAACUCCUUAUUAAACUAUGUGUGUAUGGAGCUGGCUUUAUUUUCACCAAACCUUUGCCACAAGGUUGCAAGCUCAAAAUUGUCUAAAAAGUUAAUUAACAGUACCCUUUAAAGGAAGCCCCUGAAGGGUGGUCUAUUUGCUCAUGGUCAUAUAAUGUACAUAGGCCAAAUUGCAUACCUAAAUGGUUAUCCAAAAGUGGACACCUCCUUUAAAAGACAAACUCCAGGUAUACUCCUAAAUACAUGGGUAAAAUACAUAAUAAUUGUUUUACCUGCCAAAUGAUUUGGUUGAUGAUUUUGGUAGGCCAUUUUGGCUUUGCUAGACGGCAAGAUCAGUGUGCUACUUCCUAGUUUAGCAGAACCACUGCUUCCUGAGUCAGGUUGACUGCUUCCUAGGUUUGUACACCACCCAUUGACCUAAAGGGAUGAACCUGGCUCAAAUGAGAAGGCCACUGCUUCCAAACAAUGAUCAUCCUUUGCAGCAAGCUGGCAGAGGGUAGGCUUUUCUAUGCUUUUGCUUUCCAAAGAAAGCAAAGAGUAAGACUUAGCACUGUUGUUUUGAUGCAUCUGGGACGUAUUUAAACUGAAGUUUAAAUGGGGAUUUUGCAAGUGUGACCUUUCUGGCUAUGUAGUAAAGAAAAUGUGCAUAAAUCACAAGAUUGGCUAUACAGAAUUCCAAAUCCUGUAGCAGGUAAAACAGUGUAUAUGUAUGUUGCCUGCAUCUUUAGCUGUUUGCCUGCAUAUUCAUAUUAAGUGUUAAAUGACUUUUUUCAAUGAAAUCAGGGUUUACAGUAGGUUGGAUUUGCAAUUCCUUUUCUCUUUCUUUUUUUU